UCGAAGAAGCGGAAGCUCGACUUUGAUACAACUCAUACGAAUGGCGCGAGUGGCUCAUGGUUAGACGCGAGCGCCUCGCCGGCAGUUAGCAUACAGGAUGUUGGGUUCCAAAUGCCGCAGCGCAAGAAACUCAAACUCGAGUGGUUAGGCUUCUCGUCCUCGGCACCUAACACCGGGGGCAUACGUGCAGUUGGCAACAGUGGAGAUGUUGAAUUUGGAUUGUCAUGGCAGGACGUUGACCAGAUGUUCUGUUUACCUGUACCUGAGAAAGCUAAGCCUUCAUGGAAUUUCGUCGUCAUGCCUGUUUCAUCUUCCAACCGCGAACCGAUCUUAUGGAAUACUCCGGAACCUAGCAAGAAGGAUAUCGAAGCAGGGACCGCGACCAUUCAACCCCAGACGACGAUUGACUCGAUAAAUCAACAGUUAGCUGGAAUGAACCCUCCAAAACGCGUACAUUUGCCCGAUUACGAAGAGUUUUGUGGUCAAGAUAACAAAUCUUACAAGAAGGGAGAAAAGAGAGCAUGGGUGAGGGCAUGGAGGGGGACAAAAGAUGGUUAUCUCUUCUUCCUUCCACAGGGCAUUCUAUUUGCGUUCAAGAAACCUCUACUUUUCAUACCCCUUGAAAACAUCGAGUCGAUCUCAUAUACGUCAGUCGUCCAGAUAACGUUUAACCUCGUGGUCUCAUUCGUGGUUCUGGGCAACGAAGACCCAGAAGAAGUGGAAUUCGGGAUGAUCGAUCAGAAUGACCAUACGCCGAUCGAUGCCUACGUGCAAAAACACUCGCUUCAAGACACCAGUAUGGCAGCCGAGAGACGCGCCAAGAGGUUGAACAUCAACCCUCCAGAGGGAAAGGGUACUGAAAAUGGAGAUUCGACCGAAAAUGCCCAAGGUGCUGCUGAUGACGGUGCUGAUGACGAAACGGAGCUUCAACGCGCAGAGCGCCUAUUGCAAGACGCAGAAGAUGAUGAAGAGGAGGAUUACGAUCCUGACGCUGAAGGGGACAGCGAUGAUAGUGAGGGAAGCGAGGGAAGCGAGGGCGAAGAUGCUCACGGCGGAGGAAGCGACAUCGAGGAAGUCGAUUCGGAAGACGCUGAAGACGACGACGAAGAUUAA